CUAUAUUAUUAGCUCCAAUCUCUAACUCUUUCCUAGGAUAAGGACUAUUUUGGCCCAUCUCUAUUCUCUACUAGUCUUUGUAUGUUGAUGUUCUCUUCUGAUUCCUCCUUCUUAGAUUGCACUUUUCCAUCUCUCUCUCUCUCUCUCUCUCUCUCUCUCUCUCUCUCAUGUGCUCUGUGUCAGUGAUGAACUGCAACUUCACAAUCUUACUUCCUCAUUAUCUGGUCAUUUCUUCACUUUAAUCAGCACUGGAUUCUGAACUCAAGCCACUCCGCCCUUUUUUCGCUCUUGUCAUUCUUUAGCUUUUUUAGUCCUCUUCUUGUUGGCUUUUUCAUUUUGAAUUCUCGUGAUACCCAUUAUCAUACUGUUAUUAAAUUGUACGUGAUCAAUUAAUUUGUUGACAGUUUAUGUCCCUGAUUCAAGCUCUUGUUUUCCUCCCAUGAAAGAAGCUGAAAUGGGAAUUCCCCACUUGUUUAGGUGCCCAAUUAGCCUAGACUUGCUCACAGAUCCAGUAACUCUAUCUACAGGCCAAACCUAUGACAGGUCCAGCAUUGAAAAAUGGCUUAAUUUAGGCAACCAAACAUGCCCUGUCACAAUGCAGAAGCUCCAGGAUUCAUCCUUGGUUCCAAACCACACUCUUCGCCACCUCAUUGACCAGUGGCUUCAAACGGGUCACCAAACCAAUAACAAUCACAAUCGGAUCAUCGACCCCGACCCGUCUAUCGUUGCACUGAAACACAACCUCGAGUCCCAUGUGUCCACCUUGGAAAUCAAGAUUCAAACACUUGAAACGAUCCAAGUUUUAUCAGAUGAGUUGCCGUCACGGAAAUCUUGUUUGAUUCAACUAGGGUUCUUCCCGUUACUGUUGGAGUUACUAUUCGGAGAAGCACAAGGAGAAUUCUCCCAAGAAAAUCUCGAGUUUCUGGAAAAAGCACUUGUUUGUGCUCUAAAGUUGAUUCCACAUUGCAACUUGAGGCCUCUGAACAUAUUGAAAGAGGAGUCCAAAUUGGAGCACUUUCUAGUGCUAUUCAACCAAGGCACUAUCACUGUCAAGAAAAGUUUGUGUCAAAUUGUGGAGGCAAUCUCAUCAUCUUUGGAGACCGAAGAGCUUUGUGCCGUGUUUGGAAAAAAUCAAACACUUUUGAAAGGGAUGGUUUUCCUUCUUGAUCAAAACAAUUUAGGUACUUCAGAAUUUGGAAUCAAAGCAGUAUCUGCAUUGUGUUCAUUGGAAUCCAAUCGCGGGAAUCUAGUGAGAGAAGGCGUGGCGGAAAGGCUUAUAACGUAUAUAAUGACAGUGGAAAGGCAUGAAAGGAAUGUGGCACCAACGGCAAUGACAGUGGUUGAGCUGCUUUUGGGCCUGGAGAGCGGGAAAAAGGCAGUGAUUGAUCACCCAAACGGUGUUAAUGCUCUAGUGAAGAUGGUAUUUAGAGUUUCAGAUCACGAGGGAAGUGAGAGUGCAGUUAACGCGCUUAUGAUCCUGUGUUCUGAUUCAGUUCAGGUAAGGGAAGGGGUGGUUUGUGCCGGGGUUUUGACGCAGUUGUUGUUGCUUCUCCAGAGCCAGUCUAGUGGUAGGAUCAAAACAAAAGCAAGGAGGUUGCUCAAGUUGCUAAGAUCAAUGUCGCAUGAGGAUUCAACUCAUUAUGUGUAGGCUACAAAUAUAGGAAUUAACCGUUCAUGCCUGGGUUGGUGCUCUUUUUCUUGUGAAGAUUUUUUUUUUUUUUUAUCCUGUCAUGUUCUACGAGCACAUUCUCGCAAAUCUCUAACUUAUAGAGAUUUGUGCAUUGGGUACAACGUUUUUACUAUGUAGUAUGUACGUUAUUGUAGAGGAAGAAAUAUCAGCACACUAAUGUUUUAUUAGUCUUCAAAGGCAAA